AUGUCUGAAUCUUUACUUUUUGCAUUUGCACUCGUUGAAACAGCCGCUGUCAUAUUUUUAUUUGUUUAUUUUAUAAUAACACUAUCAGAUUUCGAAUGUGAUUAUUUAAAUUCUCAACAAUGCUGCUCAAAAUUAAACAUGUGGGUGAUACCAAAAUUGGGAGCUCAUGUUUCUCUCACACUAUUACUAUUAUGUUAUUCUCGUUGGAUGUUAGCCAUAGCGAAUGUGCCUCUUGCCGCAUGGCUCGCAUAUGAAUUUUAUUCGGUACCAAAAGGUAACAUGGGAGUUUAUGAUCCGACUGAAAUAUACAAUCGUGGACAGUUAAAAAAACACAUGAGAGACUGUAUGAUAUUUUUAGGUUAUUAUUUAGUGUUUUUCUUUGUAUACCUCUAUUGCUUAAUUAUUUCAUUAUUAAAAGGUAAUCCACUCGAAAGGGAUGAACCGGAAAUGUCGGUAUUUUAG